AUGGCAAACAUUGUAAUAAAAAAACAAAAAAUAAAUUGUCUAAAUUAUAAAAUAUGCAGCAAUGAUGAAAAAUACAAACUAAAUCAAGAAAAAGGAGUAAUAUGCAUUGAUAGUUAUAAUAGUGGAAAAAUAUGGUUAUACGAGAAAAUAAGUAAUUUAUGUCAAACAGUAUUUAAAACAAGAAAUGAAAGUGAAUAUGGAAAAAAAAAAAGAAAAAAAAAAAAUGUUUACAAUAUCCCAAAUGCUAAUAAAAAAAAUAUAAUUUUAAACAAAAGUUAUAGAAACACAUUUGAUCAUAUAACACUGUUAAAGUCAUUAUUAAGUAUUUAUGAAUUUUUUAAUAAAGAAAAUGUUCAAGAUAUAAUAUGCCUUCAACUAUGCAAUGAAUUAAUAAAAGAAAAUGAUAACAAAAAUAAAUCAUACAAUAUUGUAAAGACAAUACAACCAAAUAAUGAGCAUAUUUAUUCUGAAAUAAAAAAUUGUCAAAAAAAAAAAAAUAAUAUAAUAAACUAUAGAAUAAAUGAAAAUAAAAAAUUGUCAAAAGAUAAUAUAAAUAAUAUUUUUGUUAAUUUAGUUAAUGAAAAAUAUGGAUUAUUUUUUAUAUUUAAUACAAUAUUUUUUGCAAAUUUGAAAAAUUAUUAUUAUUUUGUUGAUGUUAUCAAUGUGUUAAAUUAUAUUGGCCAUAGGGCUAUACCACACAUAGACACAUUUCUUGACUCCCUUGGUAAAGAAAAAGAAAUUGGAGAAGACAAAGGAGAUAAAGAAACUGAUUCACAAAACAAUGACAAAAUGAAUUUGAUAUAUGAACAAAUUGCUUUAUUUGUGGAGUAUUUUUAUGAUGUUUUAAUUUAUGAAACGGAAAAAAGUGAUACUGGAAUAUUUUCAAACAAAUUUGUAAAUCAAAUAAAAGAAAAAAGUACUAAAUUAGUAAAACAAAUAAAAAAACAAAAUCAAUCUAAUAAUAUAGAAGAGAUAAAAAAAAAACUAAAAAUAUUGAAAAAUAAAAAAUCAGAUGAAGAAUUUUUAUUUUUAUCUAUGAAUGAAUGUAACAAACAAAUUUAUAAUGAGUUAAAUAAAAUUCCUGAUUUAUUCUAUGGAAUAUCAAAAAUAAAUGAACACCCAAAUAGCGAAAUAGGAAAUAAUAAUACUCAAGUUUUAAAAACAGAUACAGUCUUGUCAUGUAGUGAUGAAGAAAGCUGGGCUUCAAAUUUAGAUGAUUCUAUCGAUUUAAAAAAAAAAAAUGCACAUAUGAUAUUCUCAAAUUCAGAAUCAUUAAAAGCUAGCCAAUUAUCUACAUCUACUCAAGAAAUUGAUGAAUCUAAUGAAAAAAAAAAUAACAUCGUUAUUUCAUCCUUUGAACAAGGUGCUGAAAAUAGUAGUAAACCAGAACCCAAAAAAAACUCUAUAGAAAAACUAAUUCUUAGUUUUUAUAAUCAUGCUAAAAUGAUUAUCAGUUCAAAUGACUAUAUUAAUAAGAAAGAAAAAAAAAACAAAGCAGAUAAAGCAAGCAAUGAAAAUAGUUUUUAUCAGGUUUUUAAUAUGGAGAUCAAUAUGCAUUCUUCUAAAGUGGGAAAAGUAGAAAAUGAUACCCAAAAUUAUGCACAAGUAGAAAGUAGUGAUAUUGUACAUAAUGAAAUAAUUAACAAUCAAACAAAUUUAAAAAUUGAUCAAACUAAUGUUCUAUUAAAUGAACUAGUGAUAAAUAAAGAAAACAACAAUGUUACCCAACAAAUGAACACCAAUUUAGAUCAAGUGCCCGUAUCUCAAAAUGAAGAAAAGGAUCAAAAAAAUAAGAAUGAUGUAUGUGAUAAUGAUAUCGAUAUAUGUGGUGAGGAGAGCGAUACAUGCUUAAAGCAGGGUGAAGAUGAAUCCGUGGAAAUGAGUAACCAAGAAAAUGAGGAAUGUGAAAACAAACUAAGCGAUGAAGAAGAAGAAGAUAAACAAAUAAUAAAUUUUUUAAAAAAUAAAACAAAACAUAUAGAUAAAUAUUCAUAUAGAGAGGCAUUAAAAAAAAGUCUAGAAUGUAAUACAAAUUGUAGUGUAGAAAAUCACUACGAUGAAAAAAUAGAAUUUAUUAAAAAAAUAAAAAAAUUAUCUGAUUUAAUAAAAAAUAAAAAAUUUGAUAAUAAAUAUAAAAAAAUAUGGGAGAAAAAAGUAAACAAAUUUAAGUGUAAUAAAUUGCAAAGGGCAUAUAAAAUUUGUUUGUCUAUACUAUUUUCCAUAGUAAAAGAUAUUAACAAAUUAAAAAAAGAAUUAAAAGAAAUGGGUAAUUUUAUAUUUAUCAAUUCAGGAAUAGAAAAGUAUUUAAAAAAUGAAACUGAUAUUAUAUUAAAUUGUAAAAAUAGCCAAGAUGAAUUAAAAGGAAAAAAAGAAAAUAAUAUAAUAAAUAAUUUUUUUUUAAGAAAAUAUUUUUUUACUGAUUCUGAAAUAAAUAGUUGUAAUUAUAAAGACAGACAGAAAAAAAAAAAAAAAUAUAUAUCAUAUAUACCUUUAAAAAAUUAUAGAAUAUUAUCAUGUAGUUUAAAAGAAAUUUUUAACGAAAAAUUAUUGCGAGAAAAGUUAGAAAAUAUUUUAUAUUAUAUUGAAUAUGAUAAAGAUAUACCUGAUUAUUGUAAAUUUUUUUUCAAAGAGUUUAAAAUAAAAGACAGGUAUUUAUAUAAUAUACAAACAUUAUAUAAUUCUAAUUACAUACCAAACAUUGAAUGUAUAAACAUGAUUAUAAAUAGCCUAAAUUAUAAUUAUGAAGAAAUAUAUAAAAAAAAAUAUUUUUUUAAAUAUGAAUAUAAUUAUACUUAUUUAUCAGAAAUUCCAUCAGUAUAUUGUUGUAAUGUACAAAUUGUAAAAUAUUUAGAAUUUUUAAAAUUAAAAGAAACAUGUAAUAAUAUUAUAAAGAAUAAUAAAAUCUAUGACCAAUUUUUAAAUCAUUUAUCUAAUUAUAUACUUGAAGAAUCUUAUUUUAUUAUCCCAUUUUUUGCAUCCUAUGGAAAAUUUAUUAUAGUUAUAAAAAAAAAUAAAAGUGGCAAUAAUGAAAAUGCGUUUAUGGAUUUGUUAAAAUAUAAAAAUACAAUUUCAUAUGAUAUAUUUAUUAACAGUUUUUCUUAUCCCAAUGAUACUAGCUUUCAAGCAAUUGUUCAUUUUUCUCAUGUUUUUAUAAACAUAUUACGAACAUUUUUCAAAAAAAGAAAUUCUGAUGAAAAUAUUCCAGAAAUAUUAUAUUCUCCAAUGUCAAACAUAGAGAAGCAGAAACUCAUAUAUCAUGAAAUGGAAUCUGCAACCAACAGAGGCCACAUUAUCAUGAACAUGCUAUUUUUGAUAGAAUCGUUCUUUAAUAAUACAAAAAAAGUCAAGCCUCCUGUGAUAUUUUAUGAGGGAUUAAGAUUUUUAUACAUUGUUAGGCUUAUCGAAUUUUAUUAUCAAAAAAUGCAGUAUAAUACCUAG